AUGGCAAUAGUAAAUGACACCUUUGUGACAGAGUUUAUCCUCUUAGGUUUAACAGAGGAAGCUGACCUACAGAUACCCCUCUUUUUUGUCUUUCUGGGAAUAUACACGGUCUCAGUGGUUGGAAACCUUGGCUUGAUUUUAUUAAUUUGGAUAAGUUCUCCACUUCACAUACCCAUGUAUUAUUUUCUCUGUAACCUAUCCUUCAUAGAUCUUUGCUACUCUUCAGUCAUUGUUCCCAAAAUGCUGGUGAACUUCAUAUCAGAAAAGAACAUCAUUUCCUAUACAGGGUGUAUGACUCAAUUAUUUUUCUUCUGCUUCUUUGGAAUCAAUGAGUGCUACAUGCUGACAGCCAUGGCAUAUGACCGUUAUAUUGCCAUCUGUAAUCCUCUUCUCUAUCAUAGCACAAUGUCCCCAUGGAUCUGCUCCCUUCUAGUAGUGGUUGUGUAUAUAAUGGGAGCCUUUGGUGCAAUAGCCCAUACACAUAGCAUGACUAGGUUGUUCUUCUGUGGGGAAAAUGUAGUUAACAGUUAUUUCUGUGAUGUGCUCCCUCUUCUGAAGUUAGCCUGUUCUAGUACCAAUAUCAAUGAGCUCUUGAUAGUAUUUAUUGGUGGAUUAAAUUUAUUGGCCACAAUCCUGCCAAUUUUGAUCUCUUAUACAUUCAUUGUCUUAAGCAUCCUUCGCAUACAAUCUGCCAAAGGCCGUUACAAAGCUUUUAGUACCUGUGGUUCACACUUGACUUCUGUUGCUAUCUUUUAUGGAUCCAUCAUCUUUGUGUACUAUACACCAACUUCUAGCAGCAAAACAAACCAGGAGAAAGUAGCCUCGGUAUUUUAUACCAUAGUAAACCCUAUGCUGAACCCCUUGAUCUACAGCCUAAGAAAUAAAGAUGUGAAGAAUGCACUUUGGAGAGUUAUGCAGGGCAGAAUGGCCUCUAAAUCUAAUUAG